AGUAAACUACAGUAUUGGCUACAUGGAUAAACUCAAGUCGGUUUUAAGCGGCGAGGAGACGCGCAGAGAUGACAGAACAGUUUUAGAGACCGUGAACGAGGCGUCCACCCUGGGCUGGGGGACACGCGUGAAAGGAUUCAUCGCCUGUUUUGUGGUCGGCGGAGUGUGCGCCAUCCUCGGCGUUUGUUUACUUUUCCUCCCCAGGAUCGGCCUCAUCCUCUUCAUCGUCUUUUACACGUUUGGCAACAUUUGUGCUUUGUGCAGCACCAUGUUCCUGCUGGGCCCCAUGAAGCAGCUGAAGAGGAUGUGUGACAAGACCAGAGCGCUGGCCACCACCAUCAUGAUCACUUGUCUCGUGUUGACGCUGUGCGCCGUUUUCUGGUGGAAAAAUUUUGGUCUGGCGUUGUUUUUCGUCAUCCUGCAAGUGUUGUCGUUCGCCUGGUACAGCCUUUCGUACAUCCCAUUUGUCAGGUUUGUCCUUUUAACAUUCUCACAAAGUCUCGCCGUCUCUCAUAAAAGUUAGUACACCUCUCACAUUUUUUUGUUGUAAAUAUUUGAUCAUAUCUUUUCAUGGGACAGCACUGAUGAAAUGCCACUUUGCUACAAUGUAAAGAUCAAAAUAAUUCAAGACACAGCUGUUAAUCUAAUUAAUUAAUCUAUCUAAACCACUGGCAACGAAAGUGAGUACACCCCUGAGUGAAAAAGUCUGAACUGGGCCCAGUUAGCUGUUUUCCUUCCCCGGUGUCAUUUGAGUCGUUAGUGUUACAACACUCGGGUGUGAAUGGGGAGCAGGCGUGUUCAAUUUGCUGUCGUUUCUCCAGUGUUGUCACUUUAAAAUUAUUUCAUAAAAUAUUUUGAAAAAUGUGAGAGGUGUUCGCACUUUCUUUGAGAUAUAGUGGUGCCUUGACUUACGCGUUUACUUGGGUCCGUGACCACGCUCAUAACUCAAAGCAUUCAAACUCAAAUCAUUUCCCCAAUGAAAUGAAUGGAAAUGCCAUUCAUCUGUUGCAGCCCCACGAAAAAAACAACAAUUAAAUCAUUUGUAACCUGUUUUUUUUAAAAAUAUGAUUAUUAAGAAUAAGAGCACUCUGCAGAAUUAUGCUUUAUAAAAACAUACAGUAAUAAUGCGGUUAAAUAGAUUGUUAAGAAUGAAACAUUUUGUGCAUCAUGAUUUCAUGCUUCAAUGCCCAUUGACAUUGUGCUCCUUCCGUAAACUGCAGUAAUAUUAUUAAUUUUUCACAUUGAAUAAAAAAUAUAAGCUAGUGAGUAUUGCUUAAAUUGUCUUUCUACAGGUGUUGCUGCACCUUUUGUGUUCAAAUAUCAUUUAGAUAAUGGUUUAUGAUGACCACAGAUUAGCAUCUGUGCUGGUUUCGUUAGCCCAUAUAUGGCAUUUUACAUUGUGUGCUAACAUUAAGCUAGUCGAGUUUCUUCAGUAAUGUGCUUUAGUGAAAUAAACAUGUAAUUGUCUUUGUUUAAUGUUUAAACGUCAACUGAGAGUGGCAAUAAAACAGCUUGAAAUAAGCACUUCAUAUUAAAUGGUUCACAAUCUGCUGCUGGUUGUGAAGUAGUGCUUGCAACUCCACUUUUUUGCUCGCAUCCCGAGACGAAAAAAAAAAUAUAAAAAUCAGCCAAGUGACGGCUCGCAUCUAAAAACUUUCAAGUCGGGUCACUUGUAAGUCGAGGAACCACUCCACAGUGCAUGUUUUCUCUGUUUUGGUCUAACCUGUUUAAAAUGACUUUGCAGGGACGCCAUCUUGAGAUUGGUGGCCAUGUGCAUGAAAUAAGGCUUGUUGCUCGACUGUGUCAAUAUUGUUUGUUUGUUUUUUAGAAUGGGGCAGGUCUUUUUUUGCCCCCCGUCUUCAACAAAUGAGAGUGGGGUGCAUGUCCAUUUCUGUAUAAUAUUUCAUUAUUCUUGAUCUUGUCAAAUGUUCACACACAUCCUUUAGUGAUACAAAAGCUGCUGGAUUUUGAUGUAUGUAUAGUCCAUUUUAAUGCUUGUUAAUUUAAGUGUUUUUCUUGCAUGUUACUGCUACUGUAAAGUGUCACAACUUCUGUCCAAAUAAAUAACAAAUAAAAAUCACAUAUACGCA